AUGGCCCCGGUGCCCUCUGCCGUCCGCCUCGCCGUCCGGGAGGCCGUUCACGCCCUGUCGUCUUCCGAGGACGGCGGCCGCGUGCUCCGCACCCUCGGGUCCCUGAAGCGGUACCUCGGCGCCGCGGGGGGUCCCGCCCUCCCGGCGGAGAGGGAGGAGUUCGCGGCGGUGCACUUCUCGGUCUUGCUCAGACGUUUGGCCGCAUCGCUGAGCAUGGGCUGGCUGGCGCCGGAGCUGGAGCGGCUGUGCGACAGCUUCUUCCUGGAGGGCCCGGCCGGCCAGGCCUUCCUGGUGCUGGUGGAGAGCAUCGAGGGCGCCGCCGGCCCCAGCUUUCAUCUGAUGAAGAUGGCACGGCUGCUGUCCAGGUUUCUGAGUGAGAGCAGGAUGGUGGCUCUGAUGGAGGAGCAGUGUCGGCAGUGUGUGGAGCCUGGCUUCCCCCCGCUUCAGGAGGCGCUGCUCAGCAAGGUGGUGGCCUUGCCCGAUCACCUGGGCAACCGGCUGCAGCGGGAGAACCUGGCCGAAUUCUUCCCGCACAACUACUUCCCUCUGCUGGGCGAGGAGGUUGUGCAGGCACUGCAGGUGGUUGUGGACUCACUCCGAGGUGGCUCAGACUGCUCCGUUUCCUUCGUGUCACAGCUCCUGGGGAAAGUCUGUGUCCAUGGCAGACAGAAGGAGUUCCUGAGCGUGCUGGUGCCCCGGUUGACAGUGCUCACCCAGGGCAGUUGCCUGUGGCAGCGGGUCUGCUGGCGCCUGCUGGAGCGCGUGCCUGACCGGGCCAUGGAGGCCGUGCUAGUGGGGCUCGUGGAGGCAGCUCCGGGGCCUGAAGUCCUGUCGCGGCUGCUGGGGAACCUGGUGGUGAAGAGUAAGAAGGCUCAGUUUGUGAUGACCAGGAAGCUUCUGCUUCUGCAGUACCGGUGCACGACAGCCAUGCUGCAUAGCCUGCUGGGGUACCUGGCCAUGGACAGCCAGCGGCGCCCACUCCUCGUCCAGGUGCUGAAGGAGCUUCUGGAGACAUGGGGUAGCAGCAGCGCCGUCCGACACACACCCCUGCCGCAGCAGUGCUACGUCAGCAAGUCCAUCCUCAUCUGCCUGGCGUACCUAGGGGAGCCGGAGCUGCAGGACAGCCGGGAUGAGUUGCUGGCCAGCAUGAUGGCUGGCCUGAAGUGCCGCCUAGACAGCAGCCUGCCCCCUGUGCGCCGCCUGGGCAUGAUUGUGGCUGAGGUUGUCAGCUCCCGGAUCCACUCUGAGGGGCCUCCCCUGAGGUUCCAGUAUGAAGAGGAUGACCUGAGCCGUGAGAUGCUGGCCUUGGCCAUGCCCCGGCCUGUGCAUGACGGCUCUUUGGGGGCCAGCCCAUCCCUUGCGCCAGUUGUCGGAGAGACCCCUGCAGAGACCGUGGACAGCAGUGUCAACCCAGCACAGCCAGAGGGCCCUGACUCGGAGCUGGACAGUGAUGAUGAGUUUGUCCCGUACGACAUGUCGGGGGACAGAGAGCUGAAGCGCAGCAAGGCACCAGCGUAUGUCCGGGACUAUGUGGAAGCCCUGAGCACGUCUGAGGACAUGGAGCACUGGGAGGCGGCCCUGCGGGCACUUGAGGGCCUGAUCUACAGGAACCCUGCAGCCACCAGGGAGGUGAGCGUGGAGCUGGCCAAGGUGCUGCUGCACCUGGAGGAGAGGACAUGUGUGGUGGGAUUCGAGGUGCUGCGCCAGAGAGCUCUGGUGGCCGUCACAGUCACGGACCCAGCUGGGGUUGCUGAGUAUCUGACCUCGCAGUUCUACGCCCUGAAUUAUAGCCUCCGGCAGCGCAUGGACAUCCUGGACGUCCUGACUCUGGCUGCUCAGGAGCUGUCCUGGCCUGGGCGCCUUGGGAGGGCUCCACAGCUCAGCUCCCCUGGUCUCAGCACCCAGAGCUCACCGGCACUGGCUGCCUCCCAGCCUGGCAGCGCUGCAACUCCUGUCUGGCGAGUGGUUGUGGAGGAGCGUAUCAGAAGCAAGACCCGGCGCUUCUCUAAGGGCUCCCACCGGAGACUGGCAGGAGGCCCCAACAGGUUCAGCUCUGUGGCUGGCUACUUUUUCUUCCCCCUCAUUCAGCACUUUGACAGGCCUCUGGUGACCUUUGACCUCUUGGGAGAUGACCAGUUGGUUCUUGGAAGACUGACCCACACCUUAGGGGCCCUGAUGUACCUGGCUGUGAACAGCACCGUGGCGGUGCCCAUGGGCAAGGCCCUGCUGGAGUUCGUGUGGGCCCUGCGCUUCCACGGCGACGCCUACGUGCGCCAGGGCCUGCUGUCUGCAGUCUCCUCCAUCCUCCUCAGUGUACCUGCCGAGCAGCUGUUGGGGGACCUGCCAGACGAGCUGCUGGAAGCCAGGGCCUGGCUGGCAGAUGUGGCCGAGAAGGACCCAGAUGAGGACUGCAGAAUGCUGGCGGUGAAGGCUCUGCUGCUUCUGGAGAGACUCAAAGACAAACUCCUUCCAGCCUCCUCUCCCUAGUCCCCUGAGGCCUUCCCUGCCACAGAAGGCCCAGCCGACCCCGGGGCGUCCCUGCUGGAAGAGGGAAAGGCUGAGGGCCGAGCAGAAGGCCCAGGAGUGGAGCUGAAGCAGCAUCUAGGCUUUGUAGCGAGCGUGGCAGGUCUGGGGCGGGUCAUCUGGUACCGGUACCUAGUGUGCAGAUACAGGAAAGCUGCUGCCCCACCUGCCCCAGCUGUUGUUUUCGGUCUGGAAGUCUGUGUAUUCAGCUAAAAAUACAGCAGGAUGUGGCACUGCCCCUACAGGGCACAGCAACCUGAAAGCUGGGGCUGGGGGCACCGGCUGAGGAGGCGACUCUUCCUGAGGGCAGGACCAGUGGGCUCAGGGAGCCGAAGGUGGGUAGGGAGAGUGCUGCUGCUCAGAGCCCCCAAUAUGCUCCUGCAGGAGCCAGGCAGAGCAGGGUCACUCCUUCUGGGCCCUUGUGGGCCUCUUAACAUUGUGUCCCCUGAAGAAUAAAAAGCUGCUGCAGGUGCUCAAACAGA